CAGCAUACCUUUUUCUUACAUAUCUUUGUCUCCUAACCCUGUGUCUAUGUCUGUGUCCUUCUAGAGCAGCCACAAGUGAAGCAGAGGUUUUGAUGAGAUGGAAAUCCAGCCUAUCAUCUUCUGCUUCUCUCGAGUCUUGGUCCCUCAACAACAUCAGCAACCACUGCAGAUGGAUUGGCAUUAGCUGCAACGACGGGGGAUCUGUGUCUGGGAUUGAUCUCUCCGGUGCAGGCCUUGUAGGGACAUUGGACAUGUUCCAUUUCCCUACAUUGCUGAAUCUCACCACUUUCAACCUCAGUAUGAAUUAUCUCAACGGCUCCAUACCAGCUGCUCUUGGCAACCUCACAAGCCUCAAUCUCUUGGACCUCUCCAACAAUCUGUUUUCCGGCGCCAUUCCACCAGAGAUCGGCCGCUUGACAGAGCUUCGAUACUUGAGCUUCUCCGACAACUAUAUGGUUGGAGAAAUCCCAUAUCAGAUUGGUAAUAUGAGGAAGGUGCGCUUCUUGGAUUUGGGCUCUAAUUACUUUAAAUCUCCUGACUGGUCUCGAUUUCCCACUUUCCCUUUCCUCACUCACCUUAAUCUCUAUAACAAUGAACUCACCUCAGAAUUCCCACACUUCAUAACCACAUGUCUCAACCUUACUUUUCUUGAUUUUUCUAGAAACACCUUCACCGGCCAAAUUCCUGAAUCAUUGUUCACCAAUUUGAUCAAACUUGAAUAUCUUUACCUCACCAGCAAUAGUUUUCAAGGCCCCCUGUCACCAAAUAUCACUAACCUCUCCAAGUUGAAGGAACUUCGCCUUGCCGACAACCUCUUCUCUGGAAACAUUCUUGAUUCAGUAAGCCUUAUUCCAAGCCUGCAAAUUCUAGAGCUGUACAAUAAUUCGUUAAUAGGAGAAAUCCCUCCUUCUGUAGGCCUACUCACGAAUCUACGAACUCUAGGCCUUGGAAUGAACAGAUUCAAUUCCUCGAUUCCCCGAGAGCUCGGACUGUGUAACAAGCUGACCGACUUAGAUUUAUCGCAGAAUUCACUCUCGGGGCCAUUGCCGCCAUCCUUGUCAAAUUUGGGCAAUUUAUCUUGGUUGCAACUAUCUGGCAAUAGCCUGACUGGUGAAAUAUUGACCUCUUUCUUCACGAGUUGGAGAAAACUAAUCUCACUACAAAUUGGAGAGAAUGAAUUCAGUGGGAAACUUCCAUCAGAAAUAGGAUUGCUAACAAACCUGGAGUAUCUGGAUCUCUAUAAUAACUCGUUUUCAGGCAGCAUCCCACCAGAGAUAGGAACCCUACGAAAUUUGGAGACGCUGGACCUUUCAACCAAUAACUUUUCAGGUACAAUUCCAUCCACUAUCGGAAAUCUUUCAAAUCUGGAUUCCUUAUUUCUCUCUUUCAACAAAUUAAAUGGUACAAUUCCAUCCACUAUUGGAAAUCUUUCAAAUCUGUGGGUCUUAGAUCUCUCUUCCAACAAAUUAAAUGGUCCAAUUCCAUCCAACAUUGGGAAUCUUAUAGAAUUGGACUCCUUGGAUCUCUCUUCCAACAAAUUAAACGGUCCAAUACCAUCCACCAUUGGGAAUCUUACAAAUCUGAUGAUCUUAUCUCUCUCUUCCAACAAAUUAAAUGGUGAGCUCCCAUCCUCUAUCUGCAAGUUGUCAUACCUUGGUAUUCUUCUUCUCUCGAAUAAUUCUUUGGAAGGAAGACUGCCACAGUGCUUUGGGGACUUCAGCAGAAAUUUGACCAUCUUUCAUCUGAACCAAAAUCAAUUUGGUGGCCUCAUUCCAUCCACCUUUUCUAUGAAUUGUAGUCUCAUUUCCAUCAAUUUGGGUAAUAACAAAUUCCACGGACGAUUACCUAAAUCCUUACUCAAUUGCCAAAGUCUAAGGGGUCUCGACAUUGGAAAUAAUAGAAUACAAGAUGAAUUUCCCUUUUGGAUGGAACGCCUUCCCAAGCUUAAAGUGCUAGUGUUGAAGUCUAACAAGUUUGAUGGCAACUUAUCACUCCCUUCGCCUACAAAACUUCCAUUUCCUAUGUUACAAGUUUUGGAUAUAUCUCAUAAUGCAUUUGUAGGCUCUCUACCUGAAAGAUAUUUCAAGAAUUUCAGAGCAAUGAUUGAGCCAAUAGAAAUUGAAGGUGAUCAGUUUCUAAGUUACGUGGAGAUGAGGCUCAACUUGAAAGGUCGGGAUCAGUUAAUUAAGAGACUGUUGAAAACCUUCACAACAAUUGAUCUGUCCUCCAAUAGAUUCUUUGGAAAUAUUCCAUCUUCUAUAGGAAAUCUUAAGAUUCUCAAAUACUUGAACCUGUCACACAAUAGCCUCACAGGACAUAUACCUUCAUCUAUUGGAAACUUGAGUGAACUCGAAUCGUUGGACUUGUCAACAAAUAAACUGGAUGGAGAAAUUCCGAGUGAACUGACAAGGUUGACAUUUCUUGCGAAAUUAAACCUUUCAAUAAACAAUCUUGUUGGGAAAAUACCACGAUCCAAUCAAUUCUCCACAUUUGAGAAUGAUUCAUAUGUGGGAAACUUGGGAUUGUGUGGACUUCCGUUGACAAGAAAAUGCAAAGAUGAUGAUAGGGAAUUGAUGCAGUUUGCAGAAGAAGAGGGUGAUGAUGAAUAUGAAUUCAUCGAUGGAUUUGGUUGGCGAUGUGUUGUGAUGGGAUAUGGAAGUGGGUUCGUAGUUGGGAUUGGAAUUGGUUACAUGAUUAUAAGAAGAGGAAGGCCAAGAUGGUUAGUGGAAUUCUUUUUUGGGAUUGGUUAUACAUUUAAGACGAAGAAGAGACGCAAAAGAGUUGCACUAACACGCAGGGGAAUUUGAUUCAAAGCCAAAGGGAGUGAUGUCCUUGUGUUUGAGUUGUGUUUUCUAUUUCUUUCUACUUUUUUCAUUGCUAGUGAUCUCGUUUUGCUUAGUAUCUAUGAUAAAUUCUCUAAAGUAUUAAGCUACAUGUGUUCUGCAUUUGAAAAAAAAAUCUGUCCAACAAAAAAAUUGAUUGGUAAAAUUAUGGUACAUAACCAAUAGUUAUGUUUUUCCAUUUUGAUCCAUUUACAAAAAUUAGUCAGACUGCCAGUUUGUAGUUUGUGUUUUCAUUUUCUAUCAAUAAUACU